AUGCCGCUGACGCAGCCCCUGUGGUGCAGGCUUCGUCCCUCCCUCCACUCCUACUCCAGGGUCUCCAGUCUCCGUGGAUCUGCGCAGCGGCGUGUCUUGACCUCCUUGCCUAUAUUAACUGCCUGUCCGUCCUCUCUCGCGCAUGUCCGCCCUUCCUUAGGCGCUUCCCCUACUCCACUCACCAUGGCCCAAACCAGAGACCAUUCCGGUCACAGCCACGGCCACGGUCACCACCACCACCACCACCAUCACGACAAUGUUUACCUGACCUCGACCAACAAGAACGAUGCUGGCGUGCGCAUUACCCGUAUCGGCCUCGUCGCCAACCUGGCCAUGGCCAUCGGCAAAUUCAUCGGCGGCUAUGUUUUCCAUUCCCAGGCCCUCAUCGCCGACGCCUACCACGCGCUGACCGACCUCGUCUCCGAUUUCCUGACACUGGGCACCGUUGCAUGGUCCUUGAAGCCUCCAAGCGAGCGAUUCCCGAAUGGGUACGGAAAGGUCGAGAGCAUCGGCGCGCUCGGGGUUAGCGGGCUGUUGCUCUGUGGCGGCGUGUUCAUGGGUCUAAAUGCGGGACAGGUCCUGAUGGCUCAAUUCUACCCCGACGUGGCUGAAACACUAGCACACUCCGGGGUGCUGGGGCAUGGGCAUGGUCACUCGCAUAGCCAUGGUAUUGAUGUGAUGGGCCCCAGCAUCCACGCGGCCUGGCUGGCCGCAGGCUCAAUUGUCAUCAAGGAAUGGCUCUACCAUGCAACUAUGAAAGUGGCUGAGGAGCGAAAGUCCUCUGUCCUUGCUUCCAACGCCAUUCACCACCGCAUUGAUUCAUUGACAAGCAUCGUGGCUUUGUUUACGAUUGGUGGAAGCUAUGUCUUUCAAGACGCCACCUGGCUGGAUCCGGUUGGUGGACUCCUGAUCUCCCUGAUGGUCAUCAAGGCAGGAUGGGGCAAUACCAUCACCUCCCUCCUGGAACUGGCGGAUACCACCGUCGACGACGAGAUCAAGACCUCGGUCCAGAACGCUGCCACAAAGGCCUUGAAGGCCCUGGAAGAUGGCGAGCAAGUUGUCAUCCGCGAUGUCCAGGGUAUGAAGUCGGGACAGAACUAUUUGAUGGACAUUGAACUGGCUGUGCCUGGCGCAUGGGCCAUCAACCGGUCCCGGGUUGUAGAGGAGGCAGUUCGCAAAACAGUCGGCGCCAAGGUCCGGGGCGUGAAGCGGAUCAAAGUCCGCUUUAUUCCUAUCGAGCAGCAGGAGCUCACUUUCUCUGAGGAGUUCGUGGCACAAGACACUGGCGCAAGCCCCGAGCCCAAUGAGCAGGAAAUCAAUGGAACCGCAACAGGGUCUCACGACCACGUUGAUGACGCUACCCGAAAGAGGAGAUAG